CACCGUCUGCUCAUUUCCGAAAGCUUACGGAGAUUCACGGAGCGGCCCCACCUCCGCGCUACAGCGACUCUUCCUCGGCUUUACUCCGAGGAGGAACCCGGUGCUCCGGGCUGGUUCGUUUACUCAUCCCGUUAAUAUGGGGCUCUACAAAUGGCACCGUUAGCGUUUUCCAGUUCCCGAAACCGACCCUAUGAUUUUGAUGGCUCUUUGGUCUGGGGGGAAGUGAUUUUGUGCCAUCUAUUUUUUUAUUUUGGGGGAAGUCUUCUUGGGACACACUGAGCUCCUGGAUUGAGUUCUAGCAGCCAUGAGCUCCGGGGAAGGAGCAGACGAGACAACGAAGGACGCUAGCGACUCAGCGGCCCUUUUCAAGACAGAUGGAUCUGUCCCUAAAGAGUCUAAAGGAGAUGUAUCGAGUCAGAUAGCAGGUUUCAAAAGGAAUGAACAAAUGAGAGCCAUGGAAGUUCUUCCUAUUCUAAAAGAAAAAGUGGCCUUUUUAUCAGGUGGCAGAGACAGACGAGGGGGUCCGGUGUUAACAUUUCCAUCUCGUAGCAAUCAUGAUAGAAUACGACAGGAGGAUCUGAGAAGGCUGAUUGCAUACCUUGCCAGCAUCCCCAGUGAGGAUGUGUGUAAACAUGGCUUCACGGUCAUCGUUGAUAUGCGAGGAUCCAAAUGGGACAGCAUUAAGCCACUGCUGAAGAUCCUGCAGGAGUCCUUCCCUUCCUGCAUCCACGUUGCUCUCAUCAUCAAACCUGACAACUUCUGGCAGAAGCAGAAGACCAACUUUGGAAGCUCCAAGUUUGAAUUUGAGACCACAAUGGUGUCACUGGAGGGCCUUACAAAGGUUGUAGACCCUUCUCAAUUGACAUCAGACUUCGACGGCAGCCUGGAGUACAAUCAUGAAGAGUGGAUUGAGGUGCGCGUGGCUUUUGAGGAAUUCUCUGGUCACGCCACCCAGAUGCUGUCCCGGCUAGAGGAGAUGUAUGAAACUGUGUCCAGAAAAGAUUUUCCUCAAGACCUCGAUGGAGCCCGUAAAAUGAUAGAGGAGCAUGCAGCACUGAAGAAAAAGGUCAUAAAGGCUCCCAUUGAAGAGCUUGACACAGAGGGACAACGGUUACUCCAGCGCAUCCAGAGUACUGAGACCUUCUCCAACCGUAAUGGCAGCACAGGGGGCAGCAGUGGCAGCAGCAGCAGUGGCACAGGGGGGUGCAACACAGACGUCCAGGGCCUUGUGCCACGGAUCACCCAGCUUCUGGACAAACUGCACUCCACCCGACAGCAACUCCAUCAGACCUGGCACGUCCGCAAGCUGCAGUUGGACCAGUGUUUCCAGCUCCGGCUCUUCGAACAGGAUGCAGAGAAGAUGUUUGACUGGAUCAUGCACAACAAGGGUUUGUUCCUGGCGGGCUACACCGAGAUCGGCAACAAUCACCCUCACGCUGUGGAGCUGCAGACCCAGCACAACCACUUUGCCAUGAACUGCAUGAAUGUCUAUGUCAACAUCAACCGCAUCAUGUCAGUGGGGAACCGGCUGCUGGAGUCGGGUCACUACGCUUCACAGCAGAUAAAGCAGAUCUCCAGUCAGUUGGAGCAGGAAUGGAAGGCCUUUGCCGCGGCCCUGGACGAACGAAGCACUUUAUUGGAUAUGUCUGCUACUUUUCACCAGAAGUGUGACAAGUACAUGGGUAAUGUGGACUCGUGGUGCAAGGCGUGCGGCGAGGUGGAUUUGCCCUCAGAGCUCCAGGACUUAGAAGACGCCAUCCAUCAUCAUCAGGGCCUGUACGAACACAUAACAGCUGCAUAUUCAGAGGUAAGCCAGGAUGGAAAAGCCCUACUAGACAAACUACAGAGACCGUUGACUCCCGGAAGUGCAGACUCUUUGACGGCAUCAGCCAACUACUCCAAAGCAGUGCACCAUGUUCUGGACAUUAUCCAUGAGGUGCUGCAUCAUCAGAGACAACUGGAGAAUAUCUGGCAGCACCGGAAAGUACGGCUCCAUCAGCGCCUGCAGCUUUGUGUCUUCCAGCAGGAUGUGCAACAGGUGCUGGACUGGAUAGAGAACCAUGGUGAGGCCUUUCUUAGCAAACACACAGGUGUGGGGAAGUCUUUGCAUCGAGCCAGAGCCCUUCAAAAACGCCAUGAGGACUUUGAGGAAGUUGCACAGAACACUUACACCAAUGCUGACAAGCUGUUGGAGGCGGCCGAGCAGCUGGCCCAGACGGGAGAGUGCGACCCAGAGGAGAUCUAUCAGGCCGCCCACCAACUCGAGGACCGCAUCCAAGACUUUGUUCGCCGCGUGGAGCAGCGCAAAGUCCUGCUGGAUAUGUCUGUCGCCUUCCACACGCACGUCAAAGAGCUGUGGACGUGGCUGGAAGAGUUACAGAAGGAGCUUUUGGAUGAUGUCUAUGCCGAAUCGGUUGAAGCUGUACAAGACCUCAUUAAACGUUUUGGCCAACAGCAGCAAACUACACUUCAGGUCACUGUCAAUGUCAUCAAGGAAGGGGAAGAUCUCAUCCAACAACUCAGGGACUCGGCCAUUUCCAGCAACAAGACUCCCCACAACAGCUCCAUCCACCACAUCGAGAGCGUCCUGCAGCAGCUGGAUGAGGCACAGGCCCAGAUGGAGGAGCUCUUUCAGGAGCGCAAGAUCAAACUGGAGCUCUUCCUACAGCUGCGGAUAUUUGAGCGCGAUGCUAUUGAUAUAAUUUCUGACCUGGACUCAUGGAAUGAGGAGCUGAGUGGGCAGUUGACUGAAUUCGAUACAGAAGAUCUGACAGUGGCCGAGCAGAGAUUGCAGCAUCAUGCUGAUAAAGCUCUCACCAUGAACAACCUCACAUUUGACGUCAUCCACCAGGGUCAGGAACUACUGCAGUACGUCAAUGAAGUUCAGGCAUCAGGUGUGGAGCUACUCUGCGACAGAGAUGUUGACAUGGCAACGCGGGUUCAGGAACUGCUGGAAUUUCUUCAUGAGAAACAGCAAGAGUUGGACCUGGCAGCCGAGCAGCACCGCAGACACCUGGAACAGUGCGUCCAGCUUAGGCACCUCCAGGCUGAAGUCAAGCAGGUUCUUGGCUGGAUUCGUAAUGGUGAGUCGAUGCUUAACGCUGGUUUGAUCACGGCCAGUUCCCUGCAAGAAGCCGAGCAACUGCAACGAGAACAUGAACAAUUCCAACACGCUAUAGAGAAAACCCACCAGAGUGCCCUGCAGGUUCAGCAAAAGGCAGAAGCCCUCCUUCAAGCCAACCACUAUGACAUGGACCUGAUUAGAGACUGCGCAGAGAGUGUGGCAUCCCACUGGCAGCAGCUCAUGUUGAAGAUGGAGGACAGACUGAAGCUGGUGAACGCCUCUGUGGCCUUCUAUAAAACAUCGGAGCAGGUGUGCAGUGUACUGGAGAGCCUGGAGCAAGAGUACAAACGGGAGGAGGACUGGUGCGGGGGAGCAGACAAACUGGGACCCAACUCUGAGACCGACCACGUCACCCCCAUGAUCAGCAAACAUCUGGAGCAGAAGGAAGCGUUUUUGAAGGCAUGCACCUUAGCCAGAAGAAAUGCUGACGUCUUCCUGAAGUACAUGCACAGGAACAGUGUGAACAUGCCCGGGAUGCUGAGCCACGUCAAAGCUCCGGAACAACAGGUGAAGAACAUUCUGAAUGAGCUGCUUCAGAGGGAGAACCGGGUGCUUCAUUUCUGGACCAUGAGGAAGAGGCGUUUAGACCAGUGCCAGCAGUAUGUGGUCUUUGAGCGCAGCGCCAAACAGGCUUUGGAGUGGAUUCAUGACACUGGGGAGUUCUAUUUGUCAACACAUACCUCCACUGGCUCCAGCAUCCACCACACACAGGAACUGCUGAAGGAGCAUGAGGAGUUCCACAUUACAGCCAAGCAAACUAAAGAGCGUGUUAAGUUGCUUAUUCAGUUGGCCGAGGGCUUCUGUGAUAAAGGCCACAGUCACGCUGCAGAAAUAAAAAAAUGGGUGACAGCUGUGGAUAAAAGAUACAGAGACUUCUCCCUGCGCAUGGACAAAUACCGCUGCAGCCUCGAGAAGGCUCUGGGCAUCUCUCCCGACUCUAACAAAGCUAGUAAAGACCUCCAGUUGGACAAUAUACCUGCUACGGGGUCAGAGGUCAAGCUGAGAGAUGCUGCUCAUGAGCUGAAUGAGGAGAAACGCAAGUCUGCACGCAGAAAAGAGUUUAUCAUGGCUGAGCUAAUCCAGACAGAGAAGGCCUAUGUGCGUGACCUGCGGGAGUGCAUGGAUACCUAUUUGUGGGAGAUGACCAGUGGUGUGGAAGAGAUUCCCCCAGGAAUUGUCAAUAAAGAGCACAUCAUCUUUGGAAACAUGCAGGACCUUUAUGAAUUUCACCAUAACAUCUUCCUCAAAGAGCUGGAAAAGUAUGAGCAGCUGCCAGAAGAUGUCGGCCACUGUUUUGUCACAUGGGCUGACAAGUUCCAGAUGUAUGUGAACUAUUGUAAGAAUAAACCAGACUCCACUCAGCUUAUCCUGGAACAUGCUGGGAAUUACUUUGAUGAAAUUCAACAGAGGCAUAGACUCGCCAACUCCAUCUCAUCAUAUCUAAUCAAACCUGUGCAGAGAAUCACAAAGUACCAACUUCUUCUGAAGGAGUUACUGACCUGCUGUGAAGAGGGUAAAGGAGAGAUUAUAGAUGGUCUUGAAGUUAUGCUCAGUGUUCCCAAAAGAGCCAAUGAUGCCAUGCACCUCUCAAUGCUAGAAGGUUUUGAUGAGAACAUAGACUCCCAGGGUGAGCUGAUACUACAAGAUUCCUUCCAAGUUUGGGAUCCCAAAACGCUGAUCCGAAAAGGCCGUGAGCGACAUCUUUUCCUCUUUGAGAUGUCUCUAGUUUUUAGUAAGGAGGUCAAGGACUCAAACGGCAGGGGCAAGUACAUCUAUAAGAGCAAGCUCUAUACGUCAGAGUUGGGGGUUACAGAACAUGUUGAAGGAGAUCCAUGUAAAUUUGCUCUCUGGGUUGGACGCACUCCAACAAAUGAUAACAAGAUUGUGCUCAAGCUAAGUCAGGGAUCCAAACAUGGCGCCACGGCAUCUAACAUUGAGAACAAGCAAGAUUGGAUUAAGCACAUCAGGGAGGUGAUCCAGGAGCGCACCAUUCACCUGCGAGGAGCUCUAAAAGAGCCUAUUCACAUACCCAAAGCAACAGCUGUCAAACAUCACAAAGGAAGAAGGGAUGGAGAGGAUUUGGACAGUCAGGGCGAAGGCAGCAGUCAACCAGACACCAUCUCACUGGCAUCCCGCACUUCCCAAAACACCAUGGACAGUGACAAGCUCUCUGGAGGCUGUGAGCUCACUGUGGUCAUCCAUGACUUCAUGGCCAGUAACAGUAAUGAGCUGACAGUGCGGCGGGGACAGACUGUGGAGGUACUGGAGCGAUGCCAUGAUAAACCAGACUGGUGCCUAGUCCGGACCACAGACCGCUCCCCAGCUCAAGAAGGGCUGGUACCCUGCUCAAUGCUUUGCAUUGCACAUUCAAGAUCCUCCAUGGAGAUGGAAGGCAUCUAUAACCACAAAGACACAUUGUCAGUGUGCAGUAAUGAUGCAAUCAUGCCUGGCUCCUCCGCUACACUUCAGCCAAAUCAUGGCAUAGGUUCACACACAUCACCAGGGCCAAAACGUCCAGGCAACACACUUAGAAAGUGGCUCACAAGCCCGGUUCGACGCCUAAGCAGUGGCAAAGCUGACGGCCAUGUGAAGAAGAUUGCCACCAAACAUAAGAAGAAUCGUGACGUCAGGAAGAGCGGAGAGAUGACUAUAGGCUCUCAGAAAGACUCUGAUGAAAGUGCAGCCACACCACAAGAUGAGACCGUGGAAGAGAGGGUGCGUAACGAGGGUCUGUCCAGUGGCACCUUAUCCAAAUCUAGUUCUUCCGGGAUGCAGAGCUGUGGUGAAGAGGAAGGGGAGGAGGGCCCUGAUGCUGUACCUCUACCACCUCCUAUGGCAAUCCAGCAGCAUAGCCUUCUGCAACCAGACACACAGGACGACAAGGCUUCCUCUCGUCUCUCAGUGCGUCCAUCUAGUUCAGAGACACCCAGUGCUGCAGAGCUUGUUAGUGCCAUUGAAGAACUGGUUAAAAGCAAGAUGGCUCUAGAGGAUCGGCCUAGUUCACUGUCAGUGGAACAGGGAGAUAGCAGCUCCCCCUCGUGCAACCCGUCAGACCAGUCUCUUCUGUCCUCUUCAUCUCCCAUGGAAGAAAUGGAUGAUCGCAGGGCCAGCAUCCUUAAGAAAAGACAGUACAUCCUUCUUGAGCUUGUUGAGACAGAACGAGAUUAUGUUCGAGAUCUGAGCCUAGUUGUUGAGGGCUACAUGAACAGGAUGAAGGAAGAGGGUGUUCCUGACGAUAUGAAAGGAAAAGACAAAAUAGUGUUUGGAAACAUCCAUCAGAUCUAUGAUUGGCACAAAGAUUACUUUCUUGGGGAGCUGGAGAAAUGUUUGGAGGACCCUGACAAACUGGGACCACUCUUUCUAAAACAGGAGCGAAGAUUAAACAUGUACGUGGUGUACUGCCAAAACAAGCCUAAGUCGGAGCACAUUGUCUCGGAGUAUCUUGACACUUAUUUUGAGGACCUAAAGCAGAGACUUGGGCACAGGCUGCAGAUCACUGACUUGCUCAUAAAACCAGUGCAGAGGAUCAUGAAAUACCAGCUACUGCUUAAGGAUCUUUUGAAAUAUUCUAAGAAGGCUGGGCUGGAGUCUAUGGAGUUGGAGAAAGCAGUGGAAGUCAUGUGCAUUGUGCCAAAAAGAUGCAAUGAUAUGAUGAAUGUAGGCCGACUUCAGGGAUUUGACGGGAAGAUUGUGGCGCAGGGCCGUCUUCUGCUGCAGGAUACCUUCAUGGUGUCUGACCCCGAAAGCAGUUUGCAUGGUCGUAUGAAGGAGAGAAGAGUCUUUCUGUUUGAACAGAUGGUUAUCUUUAGUGAGCCACUGGACAGAAAGAAGGGUUUUUCUUUGCCAGGCUUCCUCUAUAAACACAGCAUCAAGAUCAGCUGUUUGGGCCUUGAGGAGAAUGUUGAAGGUGAUCCCUGCAAAUUUAUACUGACGUCUCGCUCCUCGAAUGGCAUUAUUGAAUCAUUUGUGCUCCACUCUGCUCACCCCGGGGUGCGUGAGGUCUGGACCCUACAAAUUAGUCAGAUAUUGGAAAGCCAACGUAACUUCCUCAAUGCACUCACAUCACCGAUCGAGUUCCAGAGGAACCAUAUUGGAGCGAAUGUGGGCUCUUGUUCUCCUAACAUGGGAGCUCUGAGUGGAGGCAGCUCAUUGCCUGCUGCUGCAAACUCCCAGGUUAGCUCUAUCCCUUCAGGUCCUCCAGGAGGCUCCCGGCGACCAUCCAGGAUCCCCCAGCCCUCUCGUUUACCACAGCCCACACGCCAUCACCCCAGCACUGACACUGACAGCCCCCACAAAAUGUCAGGUUUGUCACCCCGUCCUGUCCCCUCCUCUCUCAUCCCUUCAGGGAGUAGUCCACAAAGCAAACGUUCUAGUCAAAGCUCAGAGGACCAAGUACAGGCUAACACUCCAGCCAGUGCUGUAUCUCCCCUUCCUCGUGCCACAGUGGGGCCCUUGCCCUCUACACCCAUUGCCAAAGUUCGGCCUGGAGCCGUGUCCCCUAUGGCCUCACCAAUGGCCACUCCUGCUUUUGGCAAAGAAGCCCAGGUAGCGCCCCCUCCCAGCCCUGGUCACAAGUCUGGACCAGGUUUCUGGAGCUCCAUGCCAGCUUCCCCAGCCAGCCGGCCUGGCUCGUUCACCUUCCCUGGGGAAACGGGAGAGACUCCAGUGCGUCAGAAUUCAAAUCCGGUCCAGGCUGGUUCUGGAUCUGGGAGCCAAAAUCAGUCCCACAGACACUCCACCCACAGCAAGGACGCUGAUCGCAUGAGUACAUGCUCCUCUGCCAGCGAGCAGUCCAUCCAGUCCACCCAGAGCAAUGGGAGUGAAAGCAGCAGCAGCAGUAGCGUAUCCACAAUGUUGGUGACUCAGGACUACAUGGCUGUUAAGGAGGAUGAGAUCAGCGUUUCACAGGGAGAGGUGGUCCAGAUCUUAGCCAGCAACCAGCAAAACAUGUUCCUGGUUUUCAGGGCAGCGACUGAGCAGGGCCCCGCUGCUGAAGGCUGGAUUCCUGGAUUUGUGCUUGGACACACCUCUGCCACUGUCCCAGAGUGCCCCGAGGGAUCUGUCAAUAGAAAAUCUUCCUCUUGGCACACAUCAUUACGCAUCCGUAAGAAGUCUGAAAAAAAGGAUAAAGAGGCCAAAAAGGAAACCAAGCUGGAAAAUGGUUACAGGAAGUCCAACAAAGUAUCUGUAAAGCUUCUAAAUCCCAACUAUAUCUAUGAUGUUCCCCCUGAGUUUCUUGUUCCACUGAGUGAUGUGACUUGUGACAAUGGAGAGAGCGUCACCCUUAGGUGUAAAGUUUGUGGUCGACCCCGGGCUUCCCUUACUUGGAAAGGUCCCAAUCAGAGCACCCUGACCAACAAUGGACACUUCAGCAUUGCUUACAGUGAUGCAGGUGAAGCCACGCUGCGGAUUAUUGGUGUGGAUUCUGACGAUGAUGGACUUUACACUUGUGUUGCCACAAAUGAACUUGGUACUGUAACAUCCACAGCCAAUCUCAGAGUCCUUGCUGUGUCCAGGGAUGGUGUCAGGGUGAGCUGGAAGGACAACUUUGAGUCUCAUUACGCUGAAGUGUCUGAACUUGGCAGGGGUCGCUUCUCUGUUGUGAAGCGUUGUGAACACAAAGGUACAAAGUGUGCUGCUGCUGUUAAACAAGUGAACAAGAAACUGAUGCGACGGGACAGGGUGACCCAAGAGCUCAGUCUCCUUCAUAGGCUACAACACCCCAACAUAGUCAGCCUUAUAGACACGUAUGAAUCCCACAGCAGCUACACGCUGGUUCUGGAGAUAGUCGAUCAGGGCCGCUUGUUGGACUACAUAGUGCGCUGUGGGAAUCUAACUGAGGAGAGAGUUGCCAGCUUCUUGCGGGAUGUUUUAGAAGCUUUACACUACCUGCACAACUGUAGGAUUGUGCAUUUGGACAUAAAGCCUGAGAACCUCUUGGUGGCCCACAGCCCCAUUGGCCAGCCAGUGGUCAAACUCAUAGACUUUGGAGAUGCUAUCCAGCUCAACAGUGCACACUACAUCCACCCCCUGUUGGGCAGUCCUGAAUUUGCGUCCCCAGAAUUAGUGUUGGGCGAGCCAGUGUCUUUGACCUCUGACCUCUGGAGUCUAGGUGUGGUGACAUAUGUGCUGCUGAGCGGCGCAUCUCCUUUCCUGGAUGAGAGUGCAGAGGAGACCUGUCUGAACAUCUGUCGACUGGACUUCAGCUUCCCCAGAGACUACUUCCAUGGCGUAACACAGGCGGCUCGGGACUUUGUGUGUCUGCUGCUGAGGACUGACCCAGGCAGGAGGCCUCCAGCGGGACUGUGCCUCCAGGAGCCAUGGCUCCAGCCGGGCAGCCAGGCCCAGGGAGAGUUCUGUCUGGACACCUCCCGACUCAUUGCCUUCAUGGACCGGAGGAAACAUCUAACUGAUGCCCGCCCCAUAGGAGGAGUCCGAAGCUUUAUUCAAAGUCGUCUUCAGUCCAGAGUUUGACACUAUCGAUUCACUAAUCUAUUUCCUCUGGCCCAAGCCCUUUCAAUCCACCUGUAGAUCUGCAGCACAGGUCUACGUAUGUGUUAAUUCAGUGCACAGGUUGUGGACCUAUGGAUCUAGAGAUUAAAUGUCCAUAAUAAAUAAUGAAUGCUGAUCUGAUCUUUUUCACUGACCAACAUUUCAGGCCUGUAGUCCUCUCACCUUAAAUUUAAAGUUUGUCAGAGCCCUUGAGAACCAAGUUCUCUCCUGCAACAGAUGCUCUUAUCUACUGCUGCUUGCUAACACUUAACAACAUAUUUUGUCAGGUAACAAAGGACUAAAAGAAAAAAUGAAGUAAUUUAUUUUUUAAGAAAUAAAACUGAGCAGUUUGAAUUGGCAGAUGCCACUGGACAGAUGUGGAGCUAUUAGAACAAAGUGAUGCCAUCAAAGCAAAAUGCCUACUGCCUCCUUAUGGAGAAAGAGAACGAAACUGUGUUGAGCUCUUUUUACUUAAGUACAAACUUUCUUAUAGAAACUAUAUAUAGGAAAACAAGUACUGUCUUUCAGGACAAGAAGAAUGCAAAUGUCAGGAGUUGCUGUGCUACUUUGACUCAUCAUAUCCUGAAGACAAUAAUAGACAUUUGUACGUGCACUCAGAGCUUUUAAUGGCUGCGCUAACAUUAAUAACAAAACAAUGGACAUUUGCCAUUUGCUUUUAAUAGAACUAACCUUGUGUUGAGCAGUCUGGAAAUGUUCAGGCCUUAUCUGUAAAUAGACAGAUGCCUUCUUCCCUCAAAGCAGCAGUUUCUGGAUAAAACCUUGAUGGCAGUGCUCAUUGCCAAUCACAGGGGGAAUGUGAAGGCAGAAGAAGACUGAUACUGUAAAUGCACUCAUUGUAUGUUAAGUUUAUCAUGUGCAAUGUUGCGGCUUUAACAUUUUAUGCAACUAUUUAUGAAGACAUCUGUUGUAUCUGUAAUAAAUCUAUAGAAAAGCACGUACUUGGUACUGCAAGCACUGCUAUAGUAGUUUGUGUUUAUUUGAUCUCGUUUUUAUGAGUUCAAGGCCGGGCUUUUAUUACAGGUCACCCUCUGGAUCAUCACAAUGUGAUCAAAACUAAUGUAUCAUUUUUGCCCUGUAUGCCUGCGUAGUAUUGGUACACCAAAGUUGUUCAAGCUUUAUAGUACUUGAUACAAACUGUGUUAGUUUCACUUGGGUUUACUAAGACCUUGCUGUUUACACUAGUUAAAUAACACCAUUGGUCAUUAGAGCAUUUCUGUUCAUGCUUAAAAUUGUAAAUAAAGCCAAUUCUCAAACUUACUCAAAAAUAUAAAUUAAUCUGAUAGGGAUGAUUCACUGAAACUUUAUUUAUUAUUGCAGAUGCCAUUCAAACAAGCAAACUUAAACUGAAUGCAACAGUUUAGGUUUUAUUUUGUUUUCUCAGUGUUUAAGUUACAUGUUUUUUAAUCUUUGCAUGUAUAUUUUUGUACAGAUCAUAUUUUCCACUUGUAAAUAUUCUCAUUUUGUCAUCAUUUAUUUGGAAAUUAAAACUAUUGAACACA